AUGGCCUUGAAGCGCAGAGAUGUGAUUCUCGCCUGCGUCGCCGUCUUCAUUGCCUGGGGCUACUUGACCCACUGGCAGCCGAAGCUCCACUUUCUUCCCUACGCCUUCGUCACCGGAGUCCUCGCAACCUUGGCCCUCGUAGCAUGGCUGGCACUGACGACAUCAUGGCCAAUCGAGCUACGCAAUGGAGGAGAGGUCAAUUACGGGCCACGCCACGUCGCGUUUGUGGCGCCAGAGAAGUGGAAAGCUGAGCGCGAGGCAUUGACGAAGCGCAACAUGUACAUGAUGGAGCCCAUACACCCGGCUUCCUAUGUCAUAUCGGACAGCAUCGACGUGCUGAUAGGCCUUAUACUGCGCGACUUUGUAAAGAGCUGGUAUGGCAACAUCAGCAAAAGCCCGACGUUCGUGAACGAGGUCGACAACGCGGUGCGGGCAGCAAUGGGCGAAUUACGGGACCGCAUCCUGGCAGUCGACAUGGUCGAGACUGUAGUUUCGCGCAUGAUACCCAUCAUAACUGAGCACCUGCGAGCAUCAUAUGACGCCGAGCGCAUUGUCCGAGGGCGCAAGCUGUCCCGCAACAUUACAGACUCGGAGGAGCUUGACGUAGCCAUUGCAGCCAAAUACAAAGAUGGACGCCUACAUCCUGCAGCUUCACUGGCGUACUCAAACACAAAACCUGUCCAACAACAACAUCUUCGUAACAUCGUUGCUCGAUUGCUGCCCAAGAUCAUGGCCCCUAGCAUGUGCACCAGCCCAGCGGUCAAUGUUCUGAUCAAAGAGAUUGUGGCAUGCGCGGUCUUGUCGCCGGUGAUGCAGAUGCUCGCUGAUCCAGACAUGUGGAAUCAACUCAUGGAAGGAUAUGAAAGGAAGACCGUCCGCAAGCUGCGAGCCGCGCUCGACGAACAUGCGCCACCCUCUCCGAAGAACCCAAAGAACCUCCAAUUUCCCAAGCUGGAACCAGGCGAUAACGAGCGGAGAUUCGAGAGGUUUAUUCGGGCCAUUCGGCAGACCAACACGCUCGCAGAUGCCCGCCGCUUUCGCAGCGAGAUAUCGAGCCAGCUGCGGAAGGACGCAAUGCUUGAGGAUCAAGAUCCCGUAUACCUUCGUCGCUUGGAAACGGCUCGCCAGAUCUUAGAUUCCAAGGUCGCCAACCUGAGCACUGGUGGCACCGUGCGGGCAAAGGUCGCCGCCCAGGAGAAGCCUAAACACAAGCGCACAUCGUCCAGAUUUGCAAACGCGUCCUUGCGAGACGUCUUGUACGAUGCAGCAGGUCUGUCGUGUUUCAUGGAGUUCAUGGACCAGGUCGAGCUCAUGCGACUUGUACAGUUCUGGCUGGUCGUGGACGGUAUUAGGAAUCCACUGGAAGUGGACACGGAUGAACCUGCAGAGAAUGUCAGUUCUUUUCCGACAUGGACCGAGGCCGACCGUACAGAUCUUGCUCAGAUUUACGAGGCCUAUCUCUCGAAAGCCGAACUAAAGCUCCCCGAAGCGCGGAAAGCAGUGUCCGAAUUUCUCAAGGCUGGACGGUCGGCAACGCCUGCGCAGUACCAUAAUGCGCGCAGAGCUCUUCUAGAGGCACAGACGGAGGCCUACGACCAGUUGCAGGAGCCCUAUUUCCGGAGGUUUAAGAAGUCCAAUCUGUAUUACAAGUGGCUCGCGAUGGAUGAGGCAGCCAAUGCUGGGCACAGUGGCAUAAAAACAACGACCGCGGCGCGCACGCUUGACAAUCCAUCCAUUGUAGCACCCGUCAUGUCUCGCACCCAGUCCGGGCAAAUACUAUCUGCACAGCCACCUCAUGGUGAUUUGCGCAGAGCUGUAGCGUCCUCUUCUGAUCUCAAGAGUCAGGGCGUGAUCAGAAGCAUGGAUCCGCCUCCGCGACGUUCCCUGGACUCUGGGCCCCCUACAGUCCCAAGGGUAGCCUUGUUCGAUGAUGAAUAUGAAGCAGACCCUCUAGCACAGUCUACAGCCAGCAUUGAUUCUGACCAUGGACAAGAGCGUACGAAUGGCAACGAUUCGCAGGUGGUGGAUGCAAUGCAAGCUGCUUUGACCGACAUCAUGGGUGCCGAACCUGAAGGCUCCAUAUUCUUUGAAGGACCAGGAAGCGCACUUCUCGAUAAUGAUUCGCAAAGGGGUUCUAUGGAUUUACCAAGAGCUCUGUCGCCAAAUCCCCAAGUGCAGCAAAGAGCCCUCUCGCCUAAUCCACUUUUGCAACAGGGCAAGAGCAAGCCAAGCAUUGCGUCGCUGGGUCUUGUCGGAGAGCCAAAGACUCGCGGUGUCUUCAAUGACGAUCUUUUUGGAGACGAGGAGAAGUUUCUAGAAGAUGAGAUCGAUGACCCAGCUCCUCGAAACAAGGCUGAGGAUGAUGAGAUACACGAGGCUGCUCCUGGUGAUCUGGGUCUCGCCGAAGCUAUUGAUGCGCUCACCGCUGACAUUGAGCGUUUGGUCAGCCAAGAAUCCAUUGUUGAUUCGUUGACAACCAAGGCGGAGCUCACGAACAACGCGGCCGAAUUGAGAAUCUUGCGCAAGUCAAAGGCUAGCCUGCAGCGGGAGAUACAAAGGAAGGAAUUGCAACGCCAGCAGUAUAUCGUACAAGAGAGCGAUAACAGCUUGUACGGACGGGCAACUGUCUUCAUCCAGUCCAUCAUGGUCGGUACUGAGGAAGACGGCAAGGAAUAUGCGAUGUAUGUCAUCGAAGUCAGACGACGUGCUGGCGAUCAGAUGCCUGCAGCUACUUGGGUCAUCUCGAGACGAUAUAGUGAAUUCCAUGAUCUGAAUAAGAGACUGCGUGGGAAAUUCCCUCAAGUGCGCAACCUUGAGUUCCCACGACGACAGAUGAUGCUCAAACUUCAGAAAGAUUUUCUACACAAGCGUAGGAUUGGUCUUGAGAAGUAUCUUCGACUUGUGCAACAGGAACUUCUGUUGAUACCGGCUGUCUGUCGUAGUCGUGAGCUUCGUGCUUUCCUGUCUCAAGCCGCUAUCAACCCCGCGGAUGCCCUACGUAACCAAGAUCUGAACUCUAAUGAUUUCGUUUCACGUAUAUACAACUCAGUGGCAGAUGGCAUGGAGGAAUUCCUCGGUAACAUUCCUGUUCUUGAUCAGCUCUCUGUCGCGGGACAGAACCUCAUCUCAGCUGCUACCACCCAGCUCGCCAGUACAAACUCUGCCAUGGCUGGGACUCAGCCUGGCAGUCUUGCUUCCUCUGGUGUACUUGGCGUCGAACCCAACACCGAUGCUGAAGCAGAAGCCGAGUUGUUGGCUUUUGAGAAGCAAGAACUGCCACCUUUCGUCAAGCCGAUUACGGACCUCUUCCUCGAGACGUUUGAGCUGAAUCGCGAGAACAAUUGGCUUCGCGGGCGCGCCGUGAUUGUUGUUCUACACCAGCUCCUCGGUGGCACCAUUGAGCGCAAGGUCCGCGAGAGUUUCGACAAUCUACUCUCUGAAAACAACAUCUCAGGCUACAUCGACACACUCAAGGAUUCCAUGUGGCCAAACGGCAGAUUGAAGCAGAGUGUCGAGAGAACACCACAACAGAGAGCUAAGAGUAGGAAAGAGGCUGCCACUGUACUGAACACGUUGGUACCUGAGUUGGCGAGUAGUGUAGUGGGGCGACAAAAUGCGCAGAUUGCGGCAAGAAAGCUGGAGGGUACACUGAACAAUUCGCGAUUGAAGUGA